GAGGCAGAGGCAGCGGAUCUCAGAUCAGAAACACCGGGAGCUCCUUGGGCGAGCGGCAGUGCCAGCCUGGUCCCCGCGCUGGGACCCCGCCUGGCCCCCUGCCUGCCCCCGGCCAUGGCUUUCCACCCGCUCUCCUGGCUGCUCCACUUGGCUGUGCUCUGCCCUCUGGUCCUGCUGCUGGCGGGACAGCAGCACGCUUCGAACAAAUGCAGCAACGAUUGCAAGGUGAUGACCAAGGAGAUCCCCCGGGACCGCCUAGCCAGCUACCAACGAACAGAACCAUCUUGCCGCAAACGCGCCAUCAUCUUGACGACCAGAAAGAACAGAACAUUCUGUGCGGACCCCAAGGAGAAAUGGGUGCAGGAAGCCAUGGAGUAUCUGGACCGCAAGGCCGGUCCCUCCUCUGAGAAGCUGACGGGACCCAUAAUUGCUCCGGCCAUCACUGGCACCACCAAAACCACCAACACCACUGCCACAUCCUGGCAGAGCUCUUACCAGCCUAGAGUGGACCACAGGGCUGAAGGGAAGGCCUCUGAAGCUGCCUCCACCCAGACCCCCCCCACCCAGGCCCUCCCCACUGAUCCCCCCUCCACCCAGGUCCUCCCCACUGAUCCCCCCUCCACCCAGGCCCCCUCCACCCAGGCCCCCUCCACCCAGGCCCUCCUCACUGAUCCCCCCUCCACCCAGGCCGGCUCCAUCCAGAACCCCCCCACCGAUACCCCCUCUCCCCAGGCCGCCUCCCCACAGGCCCCCGCCAUUCCCCACACAGCCCCGGACCCUGGGCAGGACCUCACGCUGCCGCAGAGCCCCCUAGGGUCCCGUCCGGCUCACCCGGAUGCCGUCACCGGGCCCCGCGUCUCCGCGGCCCCCAGCAAGGAGCAGGGGAGCUCGGACGGCCAGAGGCAGGACGACUUCCCCACCACGCCCGAGGCCACCCGGAGGCAGGCGGUGGGGCUGCUGGCCUUCCUGGGCCUGCUCUUCUGCCUGGGGGUGGCCACGCUCACCUACCAGCGGCUGCAGGGCUGCCCCCGCGGCGCGGUGGGGGACAUGGUGGAGGGGCUCCGCUACGUGCCCCGCAGCUGUGGCAGCAACUCCUACGUGCUGGUGCCCGUGUGAGCGGCUGCCUGGGGCCCCCCAUCCUCCCUCCUCCCCUCCCCUGGGCCUGGCCCGAGCGGGGAGGAUGGAGGCAGGGAGGCAGGACCCCCCCAGGUGGGACUGUCCCGGUUCCUGGCAGACGCGGGAGGCCCAUUGGCCAUCCACGCCCUGCUGGAGGCGGAGGGGUGGCCUCCGAAACUCACCCCAGUGCCCCCACCCCGGUCAGAACACUCUGCUGCUGCUGAAAGGGUCCCUCUGACACCUCCCAGCCCCGACAGACAACUAUUUAUUGACGUCUCCGCCCCUGUCCCCAUGGCGGUACCACGUCAUCCCUCUCGGGCCAGGCCCCUCUGCACACCCCCUCCGACCUCAUCGUGUCCCGUGGUCCCUCGGCCGCCUGCGGGGCCGGCCCCCCGCCCCCCACCACUACGGAGCCGGUGCCCUGGCCGGGACCUGUCUUUGCUUGCAUGAUUCCGGCGUGGCGUCUGCGGGCGGCUGAGUGAGGCAGCUGAAGUCGCCGGGCCGGUUGGACUGUCUCCCGCCUCGGUCUCUGCUGAGCGGGGAGGGAACACUGACUCUGAGCGUGAGGCCCGGGUUCUAGGCCCAGGCCCACCACCAAACCUGACGAGGCGCCCGCCCUGCCCCUCCGGCAAGUGUGUGGCAGUAACCUGUCCCCCGACGGGCAUCACGCUGUGGGCCGGAGACCCCUGUGCCCAGAUCCGGGUACAGCUUCACAUCCGUCAUCCACGGAGCACCUGAGCCAGUCAGCAAGGCAGGCACCGCCCUGGGGCCCGGAGGGGCCAGCAGCCCAGCCCUGCCCUGUUGGAGGGAGCCGCACGGGGGGCCCAGAAUGGGGAGUGGGCUGCGGUACGUGGGGGGCAGAGACCAAUUGUAAAGGCCCCUUCCUGACCUGGAGAGCAGGCCCUCUCUGUCCAUCAGGCGUCCAGGGACACUGAGAUGGCCCUGGUGACAUGUGACAGGCUGAAGGAGGAGGGGCGCGGGCAGGCUCCGGGGAAGGCUGAGCCCUGCCUGGGGGCGGGGGGCAGGGGCUUUGGGGGGAGGGAGGCGGGGCAGGGUCCAGGGAGAAACUGCAGGGAGCAGCCACACUCCUGUUAGGGCUCCGGGCCGCCUCUCCGGCUCCCCGUCCGCACGCUAUGUCCUCCCCCCCCUCCCCUUUGCCCCCGAGGCAGGCAGGCCCGGGAACGUCCCUGACGUUUCCCAUGAGCUCAGAAUCCACUGCCGACACCUGAGGUUCCGUGUUUAUUUCUGGAAGGAACUCUGCCCUGUGGGGAGGAGCCGAGGGGGGAGGGGAUAGCGUGUGUGUGUGUGUGUGUGUGUGUGUGUGUGUGUGUUUUGGGGGUGGGGGUGGUAAGGGGUUCCUUUGGCUGCUGAGGGUGCAGGCAGGCCUGGGUGAGACCGGCAGCUGCGGCUGGCCAGCACCCCACCCAGAACUGGACCUGCAGCCCCUCCCCCUCCCCCCACCUGGGGUGCCUGAGGGCAGCUCCCAUCUCCCUCUGAUUGUCCCCAAGGCUGACCCUUGCACUCCACCUGAGAAGCCUCCCAGGGUGGGGCUCCUCCGGGUACAGGUGACGGAUCCUUUUAUGGCGGAUGCUCAGCUCGGGUCCACAGGGACGUGGUUCGGGCCGGCCGACCCCCCCGCCCCGCUCCUCCCGCUGGACACGGCACCCCCUGUUUGGGCUUGGGGGGGCACUUUUGGGAGAAUAGCACGUCUGAAUGCACUUUGACGGGCUCCUCCCUGCUGGGAGCCCUCCAGGAGGGGGGCCCCCAUGGUGGGGUCCCCCUCCUUUGUCAGAAAGCAGCUGGGGCCGCUGGCCCCCGCCCCCAGGACUUUGUUAGCUCCCCCCCCACACACGGGGAUACGGACCGGGACGAUUGGGGGGGGGCCUUUAGAAGGAGGUGGUCCCUCCUCUUGGCUUUCCAACCCCAUCCCCAAUGUCUGCGCCAUUUUGUAUUUUACUAAUAAAACGGGAAAGUCUUGUGGAUCAAA